AUGAUUGUCUGGCUUCAGCUCCCCGGCCUCCCGAUUCAUCUGUACCACAAGGAGGUCUUAAUCUCAAUUGGCAAUCUGCUUGGACUCACGAUCAAAUUAGACUACCAUACUCUGAAUCAACAACGGGCCAAGUUUUCACGCCUUGCUAUCGAGAUUAACCUAGAGAAACCUCUGAUUCCAAGAGUUCACCUAGAUGGGGAAUGGCAGAAAAUUGAAUAUGAGAAUCUCCUGGAGGUGUGCUUCAAAUGCGGAAAGGUAGGACAUUCAUCCACUUCAUGUCCUAAACUCAGGCUGGUGCUUCAAGGUGAGCGGCCGAUGGUGGCCGGAAUCUUGAACUCGGAUAGCUCAGAACCGGCGGUAACGGAACCCAGCGCUGAUUUCGAACCUUGGAUGAUUGUUUCCCGGAAAAGCCGCCGCAACAAUCGCGACCAGAAUAGGGAAGGGAAGGAAGAGAUGGACGUUGGAAAGCAAAGUCAAGGGAAUGGAUAUAAGGAUGGAAAGAAUAGAUCUUUUAAGAAGGAAAGCAGAGAUAUGAAUGGGCGGCCACACCUUCCUCAGCUCGCUUCCCAACGGGAAACUAACUAUGAGACAAAAAUCCCGACAGCUGGCAAGAAUAAGGAAGCACCUAGAAAAGGAAAGGAAAAGCCACACUCGACCGCUAAGUUGCCGGCGACGAGAGGAAGACCAAAGCAGAGCAAGAGCUCCAAAUCUCGCUUUGGGAAGAUGAAGCAGAAUAUGCUCACGCCCCUCCAAAUUUGGUCCCCCAUGAAGGAGCAGAAGAGUAAAGGUAAAAAUCGAUUGGCCUCACUCAUGCUCCAGGAGAUCAAUGAAUGGACUAAAGGGGGAAAGGAUGCGGAGAUUUCAGAAUCUCCUAAAGAACAAAUGGCGGCAUAA